AUGAACAUUCCUUUUGCAGUAGCUGCGCAGCAACAGCAAGAUUCUGCUAUUAAAGUACUCGAAAGCCGCUUUCGUCAACUCACAGAUAUUGAAGUGUGGAAACACUGCAUUGGAAUGAACCACAUUUCCAACAUUCCUGAUUUUGCACGAGAAGCUGCCAACCACAUCAUCGUGGUGUGUCUGGACUGCGAACACUGGUCUAACAACACGGAAGAGACGACCGAAGUGGGUAUCGCUACCUUUUCCCGGCAAGAUGUUGUGUCGCUUGUGAAUAGGGAAGAUUUUGGAGAUUUUGGAGAGCAUUUAAUGCAGCAAGUACAAUUCUACUUGCUACGGAUGAUAGAGACAUCGCAUUUGCCAAACCAGAAUCCCCAAUCUCGAGGGGUACUUGGCAACCGAUUUGGAAAAGGCCGUUUUGUCACCUUUGCCCAAGCACGCCAGAUAAUGCACGAUUUGUUUGUCCAACCUAUCAAGGGCGUUUCUGGGUUGAAAGGAAAUCAUCCCAUUGUCGUCCUGGGUCAUGAUGUUAGCCACGACAAGAACAAUCUGAAGCACAAAGCGAUCGAAUUUGACAUGGACCCCCUUGGCACGGUGGUCCGAUACAUUGAUACACAAGUUCUUGCUCGAGAGGGGAAGUGCUGGAACAUGCCUCACAAGGAACAGAUUGGGCUGAAGCGACUUGUGGAAAAUCUGUGGUUCGAGCAUAGUGACCCCCACACCGCGGCUAACGAUGCGGGCCGCACAUUGAUUUCUGCCUUUCAGAUUGGGCUUGGUGAACACGCAUGCAGGAAGCACUUGAAGCAUAGGAUGCUCGAAGUGGCCACUGAUAUCGAGCAGUAUAGCGUCACCAACUUCAAAUCGAUUGGCGGUGUAGAAGAGUACUGUUGGAGAUGUGGUCAAUCCGGACAUAUGAAAUCCGCCUGCAAAGCGACAGGUCUUCAUUGUGACGAGUGCAAGUCCAACAAGUGCCAACUCGAACCCGGCGAGGAACACAUCUCAGCACAUUGCAUGUGCGUUGCCAAGGACAACGCAGCUCGACGGCGAGAGAGAGAUGCGUUGGCACGAGCCCAGAAAAAGAAAAGGAACAAACACGAUCCACGCGGGGAUUCCUCUUCUGAUGACCACGGUCGACCCCAUUCGCGCGAUAAAGACCAUUACCAUUCUUUUUCGCCCAGUCAGGUUUCGCACUCUACGAAGCCAAAUGGGCAGGAGGAUACCCACGAAGGCCGCAGGAAACAACCAUGGAACGAUAUUUGGAGAGAAGGACCUGAAAAUGGAUCCAACAGCAAUUUUGGCAAGCGUCGUGGCUACCGUCGUGGCUCAGGUGGUGGACAUUCGUCACGUGAUGGGUCAGACCAAUCUUCUUAG